CCCCUUUGCGGCACUUAGUCUUCAUUGGUGUUUAGUUGUUCCUCUUUGACAUGAUGUUGCAACCCUGGAACAAAACCCGGGCUCUCAUAUACUGUAAAGCACAGUGAACGCGACCCUGAAGGGGAAAACAACGAAGAACUUUGAGACCACGUCCACGGCGGUUUUCAAUGAAAAUGUUUGGUAUCUAUAGAGCCCCUGGUAAUUUAUUUGAUUUGAUCGACUUGAUCCUUUUCACUCGAGUUCGACGGACCCCAUGAGUUCGUCUUCCUCGUCCUCCGCGUUUGCUAGUGCCACAAGUGCGAUCGGGUCUGUACUCGAGACGUUGCUGAAAGAGCGCGGAUUUUCUCUUUCACCGGAUGGUCUUGACAACGGUUUCCUGCCAUCCUCGCAGUCAUCAAGUCGAACGGAAACAACGACAAAUCAAAACCCCUCCCCAGGGCGAGCAGUGCCUCUACUUCCCGCGACAGUCUACUUCAUCCGCCAUGCGGAGUCUACGGCUAACGUCGCCGCGAAGCGGUUCCCAAAGGGGUCUCCUGAACGAGAAGAGCAGUACUGUUCGACAGAAUAUUUCAACGCCGAAUUGUCAGACCAUGGCGCUAAAACGGCCAGCGAGGAGGUCUGGGAAAACUUGCGGAAAAACGGGUUUUGUCCUGAUGUCAUACCCGCUGGGACGAUACGUGGAUCUGCGAUCAACAUCGUUUUAAUGUCGACCUUGCGUCGGACUCUAGCUACCGCAAAGCUCGGGGUCUUCGACAGAAUUAUUGAUAUAAGCAACGUCGAUCAGGAACAGCAAGACGGAAAAAUUUCACCUGCUGAUAGUCCUCCUCGACGUGGCGGUAAAACUAAAAACUGGUUCUGGUUUGCCCACGACGCGAUGCGCGAGUAUGCGAUGGGCGUGGUGCACCCUUGUGACUACCGGGAUGGCUGCCUGGAUGCGGAACGGGAGAGGUACGAUUUUAUCGACUACUUCCCCGACAACACGGCUCGGGACCCCAUCCCGGAAAACGAACCGAUGGACGGACUGCGGAGGCGCAUCGGGGUGGAUUUUCGAUUGCUACUCGAGGAAAUCAUGAGCGUAGUGAAUGGGUUAUCGUUCGGGAAAGCAGUAGCCGCGGCUCCUGACGAGGAUAGAAUACAAGGAGGCUGCGGAGAGGAGGCACAAGAGCACAGCAUGGGAAAGUUAACGGCCGGCAUAACUUCUCGUUCAAGUAGUGGCGCAGCAGCCGUGGUAAAAGUUAACAUAAUAGUCGUUAUCCAUGUUGACCAAAGCAUCGCACGACUCAGUGGGUGCAUCAUGAUGUGCAUUGCAAUAAAAGCAAAAUGAAAAAAUGAAAAUUCAGCAAGGUAAAAAGCGUGUAUGCUGUUGAUUCAGCUGCUUGUAUAUUAGUGCAACUGCUACGAAGACGAAUGCGAUGCUUUUGCAGUGGAGAACUUUUUCUCAUUCCCAGUUUCUUUCCGAACUUUUCCGGACAUUCUUACAGGACGAGGAAAAUGCCGUUUUCGCCAAUUGCGAGGUCCGAAGCGUCGGCUUGGCAAAACUCAUGCAGGGGCUCGCGAAUUUUUAUGGUGAUACGGAAGCUAGAUGAUUUCGAUAUAUCAUCUCUCUAGAAGAUGAAGAUGAACUAAUGUGCUUGCACUGAGAAGCGAGUAGAGCUCCGGCAAAUAGAUGGACAAAGCAGAGUUAAGGAAAAGUCGCUCCGCAAGCUGCGACGUGCGAUUGAAGAUAUCACAAUCACGAGCAGUUCGCGAAACACAAAUGCUGGUUGCAGGAGCGUGCUAUUCAUCGC